AUGACUGAGACCUCAGGUCUACCACACGCUAAUGAGGACAACCUUGGGAAGAAAGAGGCCCUUGGUCUUGGAAAAGUCGAAAGUUGCUCAGCUGGCCAGCAAUUCCAGUAUGUUGAGCAAGCUGGGGUCAAAAGAAAUAUCAAGUCACGCCAUGCUCAAAUGAUGGCCAUUGGCGGUGCCAUUGGCACGGGCUUCUUCGUUGGUGCUGGCCAGGCACUAGCAAUUGGGGGACCCGGCUUCCUCCUCCUUGCCUAUGGAUUGAUGUCUCUUCUUGUUUACGGCGUUUUCACUGCAGUGAUUGAAAUGAGCACGUACCUUCCCAUCCCCGGGUCCUCGAUUGCAUACUACUGUAGCCGCUACGUCUCACCAUCCCUUGGGUUUGCCUUAGGCUGGCUCUAUUUCUACUCGUUCGGCAUCAUAGUCGCAUACGAAAUCACCGCGGCCAGCCUUGUCAUCAACUACUGGCCAAACAACGUUCAUAUCGCCGUAUGGGUCACCGUCGUUCUGGUCGUCAUCAUAGGUCUCAACCUCUGUCCAGUGGGUGUCUACGCAGAGGCCGAGUUCUGGUUUGCGGGCAUCAAAGUAGUCAUGAUCAUUGGGAUGAUCAUCCUAUCUCUUGUUAUCAUGCUCGGCGGAGCGCCUACUCAUGACCGACUUGGAUUCCGUUACUGGAACGACCCUGGCGCAACGAACGCUUAUAUAGUCUCAGGAAGCGGCGGCCGCUUUACCUCCUUCCUCUACGUCUGGGUCUGGUCCGGCUUUUCCUUCUUCUUCGGCCCAGAGCUAAUGGUAUUCACGGGUGGAGAAAUGCGGAAUCCACGCAAGAACCUCCCCAAAGCAUCCCGCCGAUACUUCGGCCGCCUCGUUGUCUUCUACAUCCUCGGAACCCUCUCCAUGGGGGUCACCUGUCCCUCCAACGCCGAAGGCCUCACAUCGAACACGGGCGACGCCAACGCAUCCCCAUGGGUCAUCGCAAUCCGCAACGCCGGCAUCAGCGUGCUCCCCUCCAUCAUCAACGCCUGCAUCCUGACCAGCGCCUGGUCCGCCGGCAACGCCUACCUCUACAUGUCGAGCCGCGCGCUCUAUUCCCUCGCCGUCGCCGGCAACGCCCCCAAGAUCUUCACCCGAUGCACCAGCUACGGGCUCCCCAUCUACGCCGUCCUAGCCAGCAGCUGUUUCACGCUACUGGCCUAUCUCAACGCCGGCUCGCAAGCCGGCGAGGUCUUCAACUGGUUCGUCAGUCUCACCAACACCUCCGGCUACACCUCCUGGCUCACAUGCUGCAUCAUCUUCCUGCGCUUCCGGAACGCCUGCGACGCCCAGGGUAUCGUCAUGCCUUAUCGGUCGCGAAUCCAGCCCGUCGCGGCUUGGAUCUGUCUGUUUGUUUUCACCCUUCUGUUGCUGUGUAAUGGGUUCACUGUUUUCUUCCCCGGCCACUUUUCUGCUAGUGGGUUUUUGACGGCGUAUCUUGGGAUCCCCCUUUUCUUGGCUAUUUAUUUCGGGCAUAGGUUGACCGUUGGGAGGAAGGAUCCGUGGGUGUAUAACCCGCAGGAUGUGGAUUUGAGAUCCGGUGUGGAUGAAGUGAAUGCUGAGGCGGAGACGUGGGCUAGGAUGGACGCUAGCAAGAAGGAAAGGAAGGGCACGUCGAAUGUUGUUUGGAGGAAAGUUUCGUUGAUAUGGUCGUGA